AUGAGCGACGAAUCAUCGAAUGAGUCUGAGCACUCUGAGGCUUUAUCAGACUACGGGCCAGACAACUGCGAAUCACUACAACUUCCAACAGCAAAUUCGAAGCCGAAGCAGGUCCAGAACAAGCGAUAUGUUCAACAGUUUAGAGACAAGUGGUUGCAAGAUCCAAACUUCAAAGAUUGGUUAGUUCGCCCUUCUCCUGGAAAGUCAAGUGCCACAUGUAGAGCAUGCCAAAAACCAGUUUCGUGCUUGAAAUCGUCUCUUCUUAGACAUUCCAAAACCGAAAUUCACAAGAAGGCAAUGAAAUCUCGACAGCCUGUCCAACAACAGGGAAAUCUUGUCCAAUGUUUUCGACGGCAAGAGGAGAACAGCUUGUUUAAGGAAACAUUCGAAGUCCGAGUAUGUGCUUUUCUUGCAGAGCACAACCUUCCGUUAAGUCUCAUUGGUCCGUUGGUAAGUUUGUUUAAGUCCACGGCACCUGUUAAUAGCAAAGAGGUCGAAGUAUUGAAGGGCAUUCACUUGUCAACAACCCGAUGUACCAAUAUUUUGCGACAAGGACUUGGACUGUAUUUUUCGAAGGAACUUGUGCAGAUACUACGCGACACCUACUUCAGCAUAAUCCCUGAUGAAACUACAGACGUUUCCACGGAAAAACAGUUGGGAAUAUGUGUCGUUUACUUUGAUGAACUAACUGUGCAGCCAGUGACACGGUUUUUCGACAUGGUGGAAGUAGAAACAGCGACUGCAGUCGGCCUUUACAACGCAAUCAAAAGUUCGUUUGAAGAAAAGAAGAUUCCUAUCAAGAAUAUUAUUGGAUAUUCAUCGGACACGACGAAUGUAAUGUUCGGUGAGCACCAAAGUGUUGUCUCGCUGCUGAAGAAAGAUGCCCCUUAUGUUUUGGCUGUGAAAUGUAGUUGCCACAUGAUUCACCUUUGCGCAUCUUAUGCUUGUCUUAAAAUGUCAACGACGCUGGAAGAUCUGUGUAGGAAUAUUUAUUCUUACUUCAACAGAUCGAGUCUGAGACAGCACGAAUUCCACGAGUUUCAAGAAUUUGUUGAAACUAAGCCACACAAGCUUCUGGGAAUUGGUCAAACAAGAUGGUUAUCUUUGGAAUCGUGCGUUAGAAGGGUCCUCGAACAGUGGGAUGCUCUCCGCCUUUAUUUUACAUCCGUGGUAAAUGAGAAGAAAGAUCCUUCAUAUACGACCGAGUCUAUACUUAAAGGUCUUUCAAACAAGUAUCUGAAAGCGCAGUUAGAGUUCCUAAGUUUCCAAUUGCACCGCCUAAACGACUUCAACACAUUAUUCCAAUCAUCCGAUCCUGUCCUUCAUCAUGUUCGCGACGAAGUACAUAAGCUGCUGAAAUGCAUCCUGUCAGAUUUCAUGAAAAUUGAUGUUGUCAAGAGCUGUGAUCCAUUCACUGUGCCUCUCGAUGACCCAAUCAACAAUGUUCAUGUUGACCAAGUCUACGUUGGAAUACUUGCAACAACGACGUUGCAUGAAUGCCAUGAAAUCGAUCAAGAUCCCCGAGCUGUUAAAAGUGUAAAGAUGACAUGUCUGGAAUUCAUGAUGGAAGCAGUAAAGCAAAUUAGAUCGCGUUUUGACCUCAGUGAUUCAGCUUAUAAACUUGUUGAGUUUGUUCUUCCUGAGAAUGCUGUGAAGUGCUGCCCUCCAUCUCUCCAGGAGCUUUUCGUUAAAUUUCCAUAUUUAACUGGUGUCGCAGAUAAAAUGCUAGUUGAUGCAGAAUGGCGAAAACAGGCGCUGGAAGAAUCUUCAGAGAUAAAUAAAGAUGAAUCAUCAUUGCAAUUUUGGCAGAAUCGUUUAAGUACGCGCACGUUCGAUGGGAAAUUGAAGUACGCUAAUUUAAUGAAAGUCAUUGGUUGCAUCAUGUCCAUACCUUCGUCAAAUGCUGCAGUAGAAAGGCUAUUUAGUCUUUUAAAGCUGGUCAAAACUGACACAAGAAACUCUUUAAAGAGAGAAAGUCUUGUCGGACUUCUUCAUACCAAAGAAGGCCUCAGAGCGGAGUCUUGUCGUGCUCAUGAUUUGAAGACAAAUCCCGAGCUUUUGACUCUUCUAAGGGCUGUCAAAAGCAAUGCGACGGAUAGCGUAGCCAACCAACGGAACAUGCUGCAAUUAUCAAGCCAGUAA